AUGCGAGACGCGAUGGGCAGACCAGGUCGUCGUCAAUUUCUACACGGAUCUCUACCGAUCAACGAUGCCAGUUCCACGCAUACCCACACCUACGCAGGACGCGGCCCCUCAGAUCGAAGAGUGGGAGGGGGAACACGCCUUGCGUCAAAUGAGGCACCAGGACCUGACCGCAUCUCAGUAGACUUUCUGAAGUCGGCGUCCCGCACCGUCAUAAAACAGCUCACCAGUACUGCCUGCUCUUUGUUACGCAUCCGAGACGUGGGCGGAGAACAAGGCGUCUCUACGUUGACACGUGCCCAACGAGCAUUGGAACGGACCCUGCUGAAUAUCAACCGCCGUGAGCAGAGAUGUCGCAAUCUGCACAGUACAGACAUGCGCUCAAUGUCGGGCAUCCUUGAUGCCGUAGUAUACGCGUGGAAUGCAAAGAAGAGAUGGGCCGGACAUGUGGUCAGACGUACGGACGAUCGCUGGGACACUCGCAUGACACUUUGUGAGUUAUCCGAGAGACCGUGGAAAAGCGCAAGGUUGGCCGCCCUUCAACCCACCAACACUGGGUCCAAACUGCUCAAGAUCGCAAACAAUGGAGGGAAGCGUGUGCUCGUCGCUGAAGAGAACCGGCUGAAUAACGAGCGUCCAAGUAUUCAACCUAGCACGAUCCGUUGA